AUGAAUCUUACUAGUUCUAAAGAAAAUGAAUAUUUUCAUAAAAUAGCUGCUCAUAAACUAAUAAGAUAUUAUGAAAAAUUAAUUUCCUAAUAAGCUAAAUAAUUGGAUACUGUUAUGUUCAAUGAAAAAUUAAUUAAAGAAUUGGAUAUUAUUAAUUUAUCAUUUUAGAAUCAAAUCCUAUGUUCUAAAACAGCAUUUAUUUGUGAAGUAUGCUAAAACGAAUAAAAUCUUUAGCACUGUUAAAGAAAAAGAUAAAGAUUAACAAAUGUUAAUAGGUAAAGGAUGAGCAACAGGAAGAGGAAAUAAUUCAAAAAAAAAGAACUAAAAUGUAAUUUAGAUCAGCUAAAAAUCGUAUAAAAACCUCUAAUAUGA